AGCCUCUAUAAGGCGGGCAGAGCGCGCACUGGGCGGAGACUUCAGAGCCCGGGGUCUGCACUGGGACCCGGGGGUCAGAGGCUCCGCUAGCCCAGGUGAGCGCGGCGCGGACGGCGUCCAGGAGCCUCCUGCAGGGUGACCCUGUGUGCAGCCAGCAUGUCCGACAAGGAGGACACUGAGGACCCCAGGCCCAGCUUGGAGGAGCACAGCCCACAGAAUGUGGUGCAGCGCGUGGUGGCCUUGCCCCUCGUCCGGGCCACCUGUGCCAGCGUCUCCAACGCUUACAAUGCCACCAAGGACAGGCACCCACUGCUGGGCUCCGCGUGCCGCCUGGCGGAGCACUGUGUGUGCAGCCUGACCACAUGCGCCCUGGACCACGCCCAGCCGCUGCUGGAGCACCUGCAGCCCCAGUUGGCGACAGUGAAUGAUCUCGCCUGCAAGGGCCUGGACAAGCUGGAAGAGAAGCUGCCCUUUCUCCAGCAGCCUUCGGAUACGAUGGUGACCUCGGCCAAGGACGCGGUGGCCAGUGGGGUCACCGGUGUGGUGGACCUGGCCCGGCGGAGCCGGCGCUGGAGUGUGGAGCUGAAGCGCUCCGUGAGCCACGCCGUGGACAUGGUGCUGGGCAAGUCCGAGGAGCUGGUGGACCACUUCCUGCCCAUGACGGAGGCGGAGCUCGCGGCGCUGGCGGCGGAGGCCGAGGGCCCAGAAGUGGGAUCAGUGGAGGAGCAGAGAAGACAGCAGGGCUACUUUGUGCGCCUGGGCUCCCUGUCCGCACGGAUCCGCCACCUGGCCUAUGAGCACUCUCUGGGGAAACUGAGGCAGAGCAAACACCGCACCCAGGACACGUUAGCCCAGCUGCAGGAGACCCUGGAGCUGAUCCACCGCAUACAAAGUGGAAUGAGCCCGGCCUCCGGGUCCCAGCUCGGGAAGGUGCACGAGCUGUGGGAGGAUUGGAACCAGCGUCCCCUGGAGAAUGGGCGCCGCCGCCGGGAUAGCCAGGCGGAGCUGGAGACGCUGGUGCUGUCGCGCAGGCUGACCUUGGAGCUGCAGAGCGCGGUGGAGGCGCUGGAGGCGGGCGUACGCGGCCUGCCCCCCGGCGCGCAGGAGAAGGUGGCCGAGGUGCGGCGCAGCGUGGACGCCCUACAGGCCGCCUUCGCGGACGCGCGCCGCUUCGGGGACGUCCCGGCCGCCGCGCUGGCCGAAGGCCGGGGCAGCGUGGCUCGCGCGCACGCGAGCGUGGACGAGCUGCUGGAGCUGGUGCUGCAGGCCGUGCCGCUGCCCUGGCUCGUGGGCCCCUUCGCGCCCGUCCUGGUGGAGCGGUCCGAGCCCCCGCCCGACCUGGAGGCCCUGGUGGACGAGGUGGUGGGGGCUCCGGACCCGCGCUGGGCGCACAUGGACUGGCCGGCCCAGCAGAGGGCCUGGGAGGCCGCACACAGCGACGCGGCGGGGCCCCCCGGGGACAGCGGCGCCCAGGAGCCAGAGCCCCGCAGCGCCCGGGUCAGGCACACGCUAUUGCCGGAGCUGGACUUCUGAGCGGCCGGGCAUCAUGCGCCCCCUGGUGGCCACUCGUGAGCACGCAUGGCGGAGACCUGGCCCUGAUUUAGGAUCAGAGCUGGGGUGGGGCGCAAUUUGGAAUCCCCGGCCAUCUGGGUCCCGGUGGGGCCUCCCACUUUUCGCUGGAUCGCGAGGGCCUGGCCACAAGCCCCUCUAGUCAUUUUUACCUCUGGGCAGGGUUCUUCAAACCCUGUGGUCCUACCCCAACCUGAAAGGCCAGGCACACGCCUGUGACCCCAGCAUUCUGGGAGGCUGAAGCUGCAGGAUGGUUGUGAGUCCAAGGCCAGCCUGGGCUACAU